UUAGACAUGAUCCACUCUUUGUAUUGUUAUCAUGUUUUGAGAGUAAGGAAAAGCCGAUUAAAGUAGUUGUGGGGAAAUAUCAAUACAAGAGGAUGAUAAAAUGCUUAUGCUAUGCAUGCGUGUUUUCAUCACCUUCUCUUUAACCGCAACAGCGUUAAAAAGUCUCGACAAACCCUACGAAAUAAUCACACCAAUGCUCUUAACCGAAUUCGUUGACAGAGAAGUAUUUCCAAUUAAAUUAAAGAUCUUUAUUCACGCUAAAGAAACGUUGGUUCUAGAACUUACGAAGAAAGAAACAGACCAGAAAAGAAACGAUUCACAAAAUGGUUGCCAAUAUGUUGGUACCGUGAAUAAGAACGAGAAAUCUCGCGCAAAUUUAAAUCUUUGCGGGGGUAUAACAGGAUCAGUUAUAACUAGUAGAUUUAGCAUUUUUAUUAGACCGAAAUUAAUACCUAAAAAUAGUAACAUUUCAGUGGAUAGCUUAGAAGUAGAACACGUGCUCCAGAGUAUAGUGAAUCAAAAAAAGGAAAAUAGAAACACGGGUUUACACGGGUUACGAAAACCUCUUCGAUAUCGCAAAGAUGUAAAAUCCGACAUUAGACAUGCGGUGAAGUUUUUAGAACUGUAUUUAGUUAACGACCAAAGUGUGUAUAAUUUUUUUAACAAAAACACGUCACAUAUUGAAAAACGUUGUGAAACUAUAGCACGACUUUUAGACGAGAAAUUCCGACCGCUUCGUGUUCGUAUUAUAUUAGUCGGAAUUGAGAUUUGGACGGAGAAAGAUUUAAUGCAAGUGACAAGCAACUCCCAUCAAACAAUGUGGAAAUUUAUGAGGUAUCGAAAAACUCAUAUAAAUAAUCGAGUACGAAACGAUAAUGCGCAAUUGAUCACAAAGACUUCGUUUGACGAGGGUGAGUAUAAUAAAUUUUGCUUCAACUUUUCUUGUUUUAGCAAAGUCACCUGUUUUGUUUUUGAUCACCUGUUACAUGAUUAUCAGUUAAUUGUUGUAGGACGAACUGUUGGAAAAGCACCCAUUGGGACAAUAUGUUAUCCUGCGUACUCCGCAGGAAUAAAUCAAGAUUUCCACAGUAACCCAAAAUACGUAGCGAACGUAAUAGCCCACGAAAUAGGACAUAAUCUUGCAAUGCAUCACGACGAUGAAGUUUGUCAUUGUCUCGAUCACUCAAACUAUAGAUGCAUAAUGAGUCAUCAAUUGGAUGAAACGGUAAAAAGCUUUUCAUCGUGUAGCAAAAAUCAGUUUGAAGAGCAUAUCGAAAGCGGCCACCGAAGCUGUUUGUUCGAUUUCCCUUUAAACAUAAAAAAGCCUGCAGUAUGUGGGAACGGUAUCAUUGAAAGUGGAGAGGAGUGUGAUUGUGGAAGUCCUGGCAACUGUGCAAAGUUUGGAUAUUGCUGUCAUCAAAUUACGUGUAAAUUAUUCAAAAAUGCUACUUGUGCAUUUGGUGAAUGUUGUGAAAAUUGUCAAUUUAAAGCUAGAAGCACACUAUGUCGUUACCAGCGCGGGGAAUGUGAUUUACCAGAGUUUUGUUCCGGAUUACAACCAACAUGUCCGAUGGACGUCCAUAUCCAAGACACUGCCAGUUGUUCGUCCGGUAAGGGUUAUUGUAUAUCCGGUGUAUGCCUAACACACCAUCACCAAUGUCAAGACUUAUUUGGAAACAAUAGCCAGUCGGCUGAUGGGUACUGUUAUAAAGAAUUCAACACAAAAGGAGUGGAGUUUGGACAUUGUGGAAAGACAACACUAGGGUAUAAAUCAUGUGACUCGGCUGAUGCAUAUUGUGGCAAAAUGCAAUGCGAAUUAAAAAUGCACACACAUAAAUCUGCGAAUAAAAUACGAUGGAGAACAACUGGUGAAACGAUGGAGUGUGUCAGUAAAGAAUACAUUGAUGAAUAUAAUCACGCUAACGAUGGAGAUCUUUCAUUGGCAAAAGAUGGUACCAGGUGUGGUCACGACAAUAUCUGUGUGAACCGAAGCUGCAUAGCACUAUCCAAAUAUCGAGCGUUAAAUAAGAUCACACCAUGUUCAGAUAAAUGUUUUGGUAACGGCGUAUGCAACAACAAACACAACUGUCACUGCAAACCAGGGUGGGCACCGCCCUAUUGCAACGUCAUAGGUUUGGGCGGAAGUAUAAACAGUGAGCCACUCCUAGCGGAAUUCUGGUAUAUUCGCAAACCUACCAACAAGAUGUUGUAUACAGUUCUUGGCACGACUUUCGGCGUGAUUCUCAUUGUGGGUGUGGCAGUGUUUGUCAAGGUUUCGCACCAAUUGAUAAAAAAACACUAUAAGAAGAAAACGCAAGAACAACAACAAAAAUAUAAAGAAGAAUUGAAAAGUCUUUUAUAAAAUUAUAAUUAUCAUU